AUGCUCGACGUCGUCCGGGUGGAGCACGGCUUGGUGGAGGGGGCGGGAGAGGACGCGAGCGAAGGAGAGGUCGGCUCCGGCGUCGUUGCAGUGGACGGUGGAGGAGUCGAGGAGGCGGCCGGCGAGAGGGUAGAAAGAGGUGAGGGCGCAGGAGAGGGAUUCGCUCAGGUGUCGAGAGGUUCGAUUGAGAUGGUCGUCGUCGUUAGGGAUUGUUUGGGGGUGGGUAGGGUUAUUGUAGAAGUAUAUAUAGGAGAUGUAGGCGGAACGGAAGAGUUGGUCGAUCUCGCUAUUGAUAGGGAAGAAUGUUGUAUUGCAAAAAUAAAUGGGAAAGGUCAAAGUGGUAUUAUGAGGGUAUACUCAGUCAGCACAAUCGCAAACGUGCAGCCCCAAUCCCUAAACCCAGUUCAGACUUUGGUAUUAAAAAUGAAAAACAUAAAGGAUGAAGAAAACGUUGAAAUGGCCUACGGCGUGGCAUUGCCACUCCCAAGCUCAAACGGAAUACAACAUUAA